CAAAAAACAUCUUUCAAGAUCCCUAAAAAUUCCAAAAAAAUAAACGAACCCUAGAUUUUCUCUUCUCUCACGCUCCUUUGUUCCUCACUCGCUUCGCUUCCCUCACUUGCCUCCUUUCGUGUUCUUCCCUUCUUUGCUCUUUUCACUUCUCAAUUUUGCCUCCUCUCCCUUUGUCGCUCUCUGGGUGGCCUAAAAAAAAUAUGAAGUAAGCCACCAAGCCCUGAGCAAUCCCUCAAGGCUUGAAAUUUCCAUAAAGUUUCGUUCUUUCUUAGUUUUGAAUUCUCUAUGAUACAGUAAAGUCUCUAUCUUUGAUGCUGAUACUUGUGAAAGUUCAGUUCUUUCACCAAUUUGUGUGAAUGUUUUGGCUCAAAAUUGAAACUUUUCUAGUAUUAUAAGUAUGUUUGAAAAGUUCGUCUUUUGGUUUGAGGGAAUAUAAAAAACCGUUCAAUGGUUCUUAUGAAGUUUGGUUAUGCCAAUUUUUUCAGGUGUUAAUGUAGAUUAUCUAGUAGUGGAAAGAUUUUAGUUUCAAGUUUCAUGGGAGCUAGCUGUGGGGUAGUAGCUUUUGAGUGUGUUAGUGAAUCCGAAUGUGGCUAACUUGAAUGAUGGAUUUGCAAGAGAAUCAGGUUAGUGAUCAUGGAGGGGAUGAAUGUAUUGUUGACAUUAUGGUUGAUUCGAAUAGUAGCAGAGAUGUAGGAAUUGCUGAUGAUCUCAAAGCAGGAGGGGAUCUUGGCUUUAGUGGUGAUGUUCAGGAUCAUGAGCCAAGAAAUGGUAUAAACUUUGAGUCUAAUGAUGCAGCGUAUUUGUUUUAUCAAGAAUACGCAAAGUCUAUGGGUUUUACUACUUCGAUUAAAAACAGCAGACGCUCUAAGAAGACUAAAGAGUUCAUUGAUGCCAAGUUUGCUUGUUCUAGAUAUGGUGUGACUCCUGAGACUGAGGGUAGUAGUAGUAGUCGAAGGUCGAGUAUCAAGAAAACAGAUUGCAAAGCGAGUAUGCAUGUGAAGAGAAGACCCGAUGGGAAAUGGUUCAUUCAUGAGUUUAUAAAGGAUCACAAUCAUGAGCUUUUACCUGCCCUUGCUUAUCAUUUCCGGAUUCAGAGGAAUGUCAAAUUAGCUGAGAAGAAUAAUAUCGACAUUUUGCACGCAGUUAGUGAACGGACCAGGAAAAUGUAUGUUGAGAUGUCGAGGCAGUCUGGGGGAUAUAAGAAUAUCGGGCCUCUUCUUCAGAGUGAUGUCAAUAGUCAGGUUGGUAAGGGUCGGUAUCUGGCUUUGGAAGAAGGAGAUUCUCAAGUGCUGCUUGAGUACUUUAAGCGUAUCAAGAAAGAAAACCCCAAAUUCUUUUAUGCAAUAGACCUAAACGGGGAGCAACGUUUGAGAAAUCUUUUUUGGGCUGAUGCUAAGAGUAGAGAUGAUUACUUGAGUUUCAAUGAUGUUGUAUCCUUUGACACUACUUAUGUCAAGUUUAAUGAUAAAUUGCCACUUGCUUUGUUUAUUGGUGUGAAUCAUCACUCCCAACCUAUGUUACUUGGCUGUGCAUUGGUUGCUGAUGAGUCAAAGGAGACAUUUGUGUGGCUGAUAAAAUCAUGGCUUCGAGCAAUGGGUGGUCGAGCUCCUAAUGCUAUACUCACUGACCAAGACAAAUUCUUGAUGGCCGCUGUUUCAGAGCUCCUACCAAACACUCGUCAUUGCUUUGCAUUAUGGCAUGUGAUCGAAAAGAUUCCUGAAUAUUUCUCCCUUGUGAUGAAGCGGCACGAGAAUUUCUUGCAGAAAUUCAACGAAUGCAUCUUUAGAUCUUGGACAGAUGAUGAGUUUGAUAUGAGAUGGUGGAAAAUGGUCAGCCAGUUUGGACUUGAGAAUGAUGAAUGGCUGCUAUGGUUGCAUGAACAUCGCCAAAAGUGGGUGCCCACUUUUAUGAGCGGUGUGUUUCUGGCGGGUAUGUCGACGUCUCAGCGUUCAGAAAGUGUGAACGCUUUUUUUGAUAAGUACGUCCAUAAGAAAAUCACGCUGAAGGAGUUCUUGAGGCAGUAUGGUGCGAUUCUGCAGAAUAGGUAUGAAGAGGAAUCUGUUGCAGAUUUUGAUACUUGCCACAAGCAACCUGCAUUGAAGUCUCCCUCGCCCUGGGAGAAGCAAAUGGCAACAACUUACACCCACACGAUAUUUAAGAAAUUUCAAGUCGAGGUCUUGGGGGUUGUUGCUUGCCAUCCUAGAAAGGAAAAAGAAGAUGAAAAUAUGGCCACGUUUAGAGUUCAGGACUGUGAAAAAGAAGAUGAAUUUCUUGUAACGUGGAGCAAAUCUAAGUCAGAACUUUGCUGUUUCUGCCGUAUGUUUGAAUACAAAGGGUUUCUCUGUCGGCAUGCCUUGAUGAUUCUGCAGAUGUGUGGUUUCGCCAGCAUCCCACCUCGAUAUAUUUUGAAAAGAUGGACAAAAGAUGCUAAGAGUGGAGUAUUGGCUGGUGAGGGAGCAGACCAGAUACAGACCAGAGUUCAGCGUUAUAAUGAUUUGUGUACUCGAGCCAUCAAAUUAAGCGAGGAAGGUUGUGUGUCAGAAGAAAACUACAACAUUGUAUUGCGCACGCUAGUUGAGACCCUGAAAAACUGUGUCGAUCUGAAUAAUGCUAGAAACAGCAUUACUGAGUCUAGUAGUCAGCUUAAUAAUGGUGCUCAUGAAGAAGAAAAUCAGGAAAUGUCAGGCGUAAAAGCAACAAAAAAGAAGACUGUUUGUAGGAAAAGAAAGGGACAACAAGAAGCUGACCAAAUGCUUGAAUCACAACAGAGCUUGCAACCAAUGGAAAGUAUAAGUUCAGAGGGAAUGGGCAUGAAUGGUUACUAUGGUCCUCAACAAAACGGUCAAGGAUUGUUAAAUUUAAUGGAGCCACCUCACGAAGGCUACUAUGUUAAUCAAAGAACCAUCCAAGGCCUGGGACAACUGAACUCCAUAGCACCGGUGCAGGAUAGUUUCUUUGCGAAUCAGCAAGCCAUGCCUGGGCUGGGCCAAAUGGAUUUCAGGCCUCCUCCCAAUUUCACUUACAAUUUACAGGAAGAGCAUUUGAGAUCUGCCCAAAUGCCUGGCAGUUCAUCAAGGCAGCUAUAGUGUAACACGUUACUGAAUAUUUUUGAGAGAAGGUUUGUCUCAGGAAGAAGCUGUUUCAAACAUGAGGAAGAAGAAAUCCAGAUUCUUUCUUGGAGCUGAGUUUGCUAUGACAAGACGAAAUCGUUUAGAUUGGUUCUUUCUGUACAUUAUGGGAAUUGGCUGCUUUUGAUGUGUGGAUGUAUGUGAAUUAUUUGUGUAUCUGAUUGAAUAAUUUGGGAUUACGUAGAAUGCAACAUCUGUAGGCUGUAACACUUCAUCUAGAAGAUACACAAAGUCUUGUCUGUAAUUUGGAAUUCUCUUCCUUGUUAAGUUUUACUAAGGAAA